GUGUACGCCUUAUGUGUGAAAAUUUCGCGCCGAUAUCUUUUCAUUUACAAUAGGGAACUGUGAAAAACUCUUGCACAUUAAAACUUUUAUAUCUUCACGGGAAAUUAGUAUAAAUUUGUAGUUUUAAUGUUCUAAAUAAAGUAAAUUGAGUGUAUAUAUAAAGGACAAUUAAAAAGUGGAGUGUGUUUUGGGGCGUCUUUUGCUACCACAAGCUUAGCGUCGAAAACGACGAGACAGUGAAGCAGCAGAAAAUUAAAUUGUGGUUGAACACGCAGUGCUCAUACUACGGAGACGGUGAUUAUUCAGUAAACAUUUUAAUAAAUACAAUGGCUCCGGCGAAAAAACGCGAAAAGGAUAAUGCAUUAGCAGCGCCGGCAGCUGCUAUAAGUAAUGUUGCAAACGGAAGUGUCAACUCUGUUAAUGGUGGUGGGGUAUCUUCGGCAACAGCUGCUGCUGCAUCUGCAGUCACUGCAAGUACUGCAUCUAUAAACGUUGAUAAUGUGAAACUCAAUGGACAUCAGCAAGAGCAGGAACUUUUUCUACAAGCUUUUGAGAAACCUACCCAGAUAUAUAGGUUUUUACGCAAUCGUCAUGGCACCAGUCCUAUAUUUUUGAAUCGAACACUUAGUUAUAUGAAGGAUCGCAUGUCGCGAAACAAUAAAAAACGCACAACAUUUAAAGUUAAUUCAAUAUUACAGCAAAUAACACAAAAAGCAGAGAUAGACUCAAAUAAAUAUUUGAAUAUUAUUUACAAUGGGUUAUUUGAUAAAAGUAGUUGCAGCGAUCAAUGGUGGAAUGCGGGAGAGUCGGUUAGUGUAGAAGCUACUCUUUACAAGAUAACAAAAAAUAAACGAAAAGAUAGCACCUCAGACUUUCAGGAAGUGAUGAGUUACAGUUCAGAUGUUGAAUACAAUCCAGAUCAUGAUAUUAGUCGCUUCUCAACUAUCAGUAUUCCGGUACAAUCAAUGCGUCCUCUUGGCGAUCAACACACAAUAUAUAAACUAUUGUUUCGUAUUAAAGUCUUACCAAAAUGUGAUAAAAAUGCAAUUGAUGAAAACACUGAGAAUUGCGAGACACCUUGCAAACGAGGAAAAAUUAGUACGAAAAUCUAUGGAUGCGAAUUGAUAGUAUUUGAGAAGAAUAUAUGCUUUAUACCUGAAGGUGAUUACGAAGCGGCGAUGCAGGAGCUCAAUUCGAUGAGCAUAAAAUCUUUUUCUCCAAAAAAACGAACGUGGGAGACAUUGCCAGACAAUUACAUUCCACUCUCGUUGAAAUUCGACGUUUUCAAUCAAUUUCCAACUCUUAAGUUUCGUCUAACCUGGUCGGCCAAUGAAGUGCCUAGUAGUAUUGAUGCAAAGGAUUUUAACCUUUAUGGCGACUUGGCUUUUAUAAAAAAUGAGGCAAAUGAUAAAAUACAAAACAAUCCAAAUGAGGUCGAAAUGCCAUUCAAUAGCAAUGCCAAUCAAACUAAAAAUAUAGGCACGCAUGUAAAUCAUAAUAAUAAUUGUGUUAAAACCAACGGUGCCAAAAGUGGUAUUGUGCCAGUAUCAGCAAAAGUAGAAAAAAUACAAAUAGUUUAUAAUUUUUUAUAUAGUAACAAUACACGACAACAAACGGAGUACACACAGGAGGUCAUAUGUCCAUGGUGUGGUUUGGAUUGCUUGCGUUUGUAUGCGCUGCUUAAGCAUUUGAAAUUAUGUCAUGCUCGCUUCAAUUUCACAUAUCAACCGGCAGGGAAUGGCGCACGUAUUGACGUGACCAUAAACGAUUCUUAUGAUGGUUCGUAUGCGGGAUCACCGUACGAUUUGGCUGGUCCGUCAGGUUGUUCCUUUGCGCGAACAUGUGGUCCAGUGCGUCGUACAACUGUGACAAAUUUACUAGUCUGCCGCCCGCGUAGACAGAAAACCUGCCUAGACGAGUUUCUAGUGUUGGACGAGGACGAUUUAAGCAAUCAGCGUCCUUACAUUACAGGCCAUAAUAGACUAUACCACCACACGGAGACCUGUUUACCUGUACAUCCCAAGGAACUUGAUAUCGAUUCAGAAGGUGAAAGUGACCCACUAUGGUUACGGCAGAAAACGAUACAAAUGAUUGAUGAAUUCUCCGAUGUAAAUGAGGGCGAAAAAGAAUUGAUGAAGCUUUGGAAUUUACAUGUAAUGAAGCAUGGUUAUGUUGGCGACUGUCAAUUGCCACUAGCUUGCGAAAUGUUCUUAGACUCGAAUGGAUAUGAGAUUAUACGUAAAAAUCUAUAUCGCAAUUUCAUUUUACAUAUGUGUUCACUAUUCGAUUAUGGGCUAGUUUCACCAGAGACAGUCUACAAAACUGUACAGAAGCUACAGGGUAUGUUAAGUAAAUAUCCCGAGGGACAAGAGCUGAUGUCCAAACAGCGUGAAGCUCAAUUGAAAUACUGGCUUGAUGUGGGCAUACAUAAACAAGAUGAACAGAAACUUAAAUCACCACAAAAGCAAACACUAAAGCCUACGAAUAUAUCUGAAGUGUUAGGAACAGCUGACAAUGAUGUCUGUGGUACAAGCAGUGUCAGUAAAAAUACGGAAAACAAACCAAUGCAACCACCAACAAAGCGUUCAGCUACAGCCGUUAAACGUGCCAGUCUGCAUCUACAAAACGGUAACGGCAACAGCACUUCUGAUAAAUUGAUAAAUGGUUGCGGUAGUAAAGGAGUUGCAAAAAAGACUGCAUCUCAAGCUGUUGACGAUCAAGAGCCUCCCGCCAAUACCAGCGCAAAUAGUGGCAGUGCUAAAAUGCCCAGCGAUAAACGUGAGCGUCGUGGUGAGGCUUGCAGUAAUAGUAGACGAAGUAGCACUGCGUCAGCGGCUGUAACGCUAACCACAAUUGACCGCGAUGAAAAUAAUGAGAGCAAAGAUGCGCAAAACCUUGAGCGCCCACAUCGUGGUGGAAGCGUAUCAACAAAUAGUACCACAACUGCCGAAUCGCGUACACAAACAAGUAAAAGACGACUGUCUGUAAAAGUUAUUGAAGAUGUGGAAGGAGGAGGCAAUGGCGGUGAAUGUGGAUAUAUUGGCGCAGAUAAUAAUAGGGAAGCGUUCGAAGCGAAUAAUAAUGCUAGUGACGUCUGUGAUGCUACUGUUAGCAAUAUACCGCAAACUGUCUUCCAAAGUGAAUUGACACAAACUCCUGUUAAAUGUAAAAUAAAUAAUUUAUCAUAUGAUGAUGCCGAUGAUAAUGAUGAUGAGGUUGCAGACGAUGCAAGUCACUUAAAUACUGACACAACUGAACGUGAUGUUCAUGCUGUUGAUGAUGGUAAAGAUAUUGACGAUUAUCUUACUGCCGAAUUACGUGCUGAUGUGACAACAGCGUCCACUAUAACAUCAGAUGCUACAGUAGCCACAACUACUGAAGCGGAUAACGUUCUAUAGGAAAAUGUAUUGGAUAAUGUAUUACUAUAAAUGCAUUUGUUAUACAUAUACACUCAAACCUCAUUACAAGAGUGAAUUUGUACUUACAUUAUAAUACAUAAGUGCAAUUGGUAUUGUUUUGAUUUAGGAAAUGCUAGCAUAUAAUAUGUAUGCGUAUGCGUGAAAUGUUCUACAGAACAUUCUGAAGAACUUUGUCUAAGAGGCUACAGGUUUAAAACUGGUUUCGGAUGAGCGAAUUUUAUCUUUUAGGGAUUAAACAAAUUUCUUUGUCAGUUUUUGAAAUAUUCGAAUGAAACCUGGAACAUAUUUGCAUUUUGAUAUUAUGUAUAUUGAUUAUUUGCCGGAAUCGGGAUUAGCUUUACAAAUGUGUGGGGGUUCAUUGUCUGUCCCAUUGUGAGCUGUAGGGCGGCUGCAAAAGCGUUGGGAUGGCGGCUUGGUUAGUUAGCUGUUCACAAGAAAGUCGGUGUGAGCCAGGACGUAGUCGUGGUGCAACUUCCAAUUCAUCAGCGACCUCUUUCCGGCCCUCCCAAAAAGGACUUGGCGCAUUUUACGUCGAGAUCUUAAAUUGAAAGCGUACAAAAUACAGCUUGUACAAGAACUGCAGCUGCUCAACCUUCCCAAGCAACAUCGCUUCACUCUAUAGGCUGAGUUCUAAGAAUAUCCGACUAUUUGAUGCCUGAAAUUGAAGCUCGUGAUCUCGGCGACAUUUCGUUUUAACAAGACGAUGCCAUUUCCUACACAACGCAUCAAUGAAUGUUUUUAUUGAGAGAACACCUCGGUGAGCAGAUAAUUUUACGUUUUGGGCCGGUCGUUUGGCCAUCAAGAUCUUGUGAUAUCACCCCGUUAGACUUUUUCCUGUAAGGAUAUGUAAAGUCUAAAGUUUUGCGGACAAUCUCACUUAGAUUCAGGUCUUGGAGCAAAACAUCACGCGUGUCAUUCUCCAGUUACCAGUCGAAAUGUUCGAACGAGUCAUUGAAAAUUGGACUUAAAAGGUGGACCAUCUGAGACGUAGUUGCAGCUAAGAUUUGAAAAAGAUAAUCUUAUAAAAAUGAAUGCCAAAGAAUGUUCUUCCGAAUGAUAAUAAACAUUCCCUAUUAAAUUUGAAGUUUCUAUGUUUUUUUUGUUUAAAAAAGUAGGAAACCUCGAAAUGGAUCACCCUUUACUUGUCCAAUUUUCUUUAUUUUUACUAUAAUUGUUGAACAUGAUUAGGUAACAGUUUUGCAAAAUUACGUGCUCUUAGCUUUUUAAUUAAAGACAGGAUACCGGAAAAAUAAAAAUAAUCGGUUGCAUGGGAGAUAGGUGAUAUAAUUUUCCGAUCUGCCCGAUCAAAAUCGGUUUUAGACUCGUAGUCUCUUAUACAAAAUUGUUCAGAAUGAACCGAAGAAUAUUUCCCGCAAACACGAUUUUUCAGUUGCUAUGUCGCCCAGUAUCUAUAAAUACAUAUACAUACAUAUAGUUAUAUAUGUAUAUACCUUUCGCGAAAGGUGACAGUUAAACUUGAACAAAUAUGCUAAAGCCAUUGAAGAAUAUAUUUAAAAUAUUGUAUAAUUUCAAGCUAAUAUUGA